CGACGAACAUUACUUUUUCGGCACUUUUACUUUUGACUCUCUCUCUCACUCAACAAAGCCCCGCCGCCCGCAAGGGCUCAUCGAACGACAAUGUCGCAUCAAAACGGCCUCCCCUACUUCAGCGCAGGGCCAGGCUACGCCCAGCAGCCAAGUCAGCCGCACCCUCAACCAUGCCCUCAGCCACAACCCCAGGCUGCUGAGGCAGAGGAUCCAGGGACAAUGUUGAACGUCUACCCAUUCAUGACUUAUGCUCCUACUGCUAGAGUUGCACAACAUCUCUCCUCUCAUUCUUUCCUCCCCCAACCUUCACCUACCGCCCAUCAAGUAUACCCUCAUUAUACUCAAAGCUUCGGGAGGAUAGAGCAACCUCUAACGCCAGGGGACUGGGAGAUGCGGCAGGCUGCAGAUAUGCGUGUAAGGGACGUACUGGAGGCGCAAAGACAGCAUGGCGGCAGCUACGGCUACAGCAACGCCCCAUUACUGUCUAUGCGACAAUAUAACUACAAUCAAGUUCCUCCCUCGCCUGUAUCCCAUGCCAAUCCAUACGGCGGCUAUCCGCAGCCUCAUUCCACCUCAUAUCCUUUUGUCCCGGCGUAUAUGCCGCCCCCAACACCUGUCUCUUCUGCUGGAAGCCGCCAUACCCAUCCCGCAACCCCCGAUUCCAUGACUGGGGAUUCCCCGGCCUCUGUACCAUCGGGGAAGGGCUAUUUUGAAGGCUUUGUCAAUAACACUUUGGCGAGGCACGUUUCACAAGAGAGACCCGCUCCUGCUCAAUCACAGAACGGGACUCCCAGUAACCUGCCUCGGCAUGUUAUUUCGCAAGAACAGCUCCGGGGAUACAACCAAUACCGGAGCUCGCCAGAGAUUCGACCUGCACCCCAAUCCCAGCCACCAAAUGGUCAAACGCCGCCACAAUAUCCCCCGCAAAUGUCGUAUUCGCAAUCCCAGCCUCUCCACCAGGCGCCAGGGAGAGUGCCAUUCCCUUCUCAGCCCAUCUUUCACCAAGGCGUGGACAAAUCUGCGACUUUCCCGCUAGUCCGGGGCAAAUCGCCCGCAAAGCGGCCAUCCAUAUCCUCCAUGGCUAUGCGAUCGCCUCAUCCAUCAUCGUCGGUCACCUCCACGCCUACGCACGAGCGCGUCAUGUCCUCUCCCUACCCUUCAUCUUCCCCUGAUCCUCUAGGGAUGCCGACACCAUCUCCAUCCAAGAGACCGAGGAAGAAUCGGACUUUUUCACCGAGCUUGGCGCGGUCGGGCAACCUGGCGAAUGAUAAUGCUAUGGGUAUUGACUCUUUGAGCAUGCGCGAAACGUCGGCUAGCGUGGCGUCUAGUGCGAACGGCGAAGAGCAGAAACAAAAGAUCAUGCUUCGUCUACCCAUGCACCUUGCCACCCCUCAACGUCCACCUGCCCCGGAAGAAGGGCAAGAUGAGGAUGCGGAAGGUGAUGAAGAAGAGGAUGGUGUCGAUUGGGGGGACGAUGGUGUGAGGGAUGCUGAGGGUGAUUGGCAGAUGGAAGAAGGGAAUUCGAGUGGGACUGUCUAUGGAGGCGCUGCUGGUGCGCAGAUACAGAUGAGUGGGAAGACAGGGGAACGGGAUACUAGGAACUCGUGGCAGAAGCUGCAAACUUUACUGGAAGAUAUCUCGGAAGAGAACGACUCGUUCACAGCCAACCCCACGCUCGAAGAUCUCCAGUCAUCCAACAUCAAGUUCUUUGGCCACGUUUCAAGAGACGGCUCACAAGCCUUACUCUCUCAGAAGACAAUGUCAAAGGUCGUUCGAUACGUCUUGCGGGUGCAGUCUGGCAAGAAACGCCCAGGUCAAGAAGCAAAUGGUCCAGAGCGAGUGUGGGAUGUUACACUUGUAUCCACCUUGUUGCGCUUGCUGGAGCGGAGUAUACGAGACGUUGAGAACAUUGUCGUCUUUCCCGAUGAUCGAAAGGCAGCUGUGGCUAUUGAGGAAAAGGCUGCCAAGAAGAAAGGCAAGGGCAAAGCUGGGAGUGCUUCGCCUGUCAAACCGGAGGACUCAGAAGUCAAAGCCGAAAUCCCUCUAGCAGACAUACAAGCUUGCGAGGAUAAGUUGAUGAGGGUCAAGAGAAGUGUUGCGGCCGCCGAGUGUAGUCUGAUAUUGCUCGACUCUGAAGGCAUAUCGAAGCAGCUGUAUUCAGAGGAGCUACUCUCGACGUGCGUAAAGACAGUGAAGGAUCAGCUGGAACAAGUCGUAUUGCCCGUCAUCCAGGGCCUUGCUGGUGACAAAAUUGGCUCUAGCUACCUUGCCCGGUUGGUCGAACAAGAGCACAAUGCCGUCGCACUCAAAUCAAAACUCCCCAUGCCUCUCUCCUCACAUUUCCACCAUCACACUAUAUCAGCCAUCGCCCAAUCAAUCUGUAUCACCCUUCCGCGCCUGACAUCGCUCAUCUCCAGAGACGACUUCCACUUCUCAGAGGGGCUACUGAUUCAGACAGUAUAUCUCGCGAAAGGCCCACUGUUUGUUGUGGACCCCGUGGUGGGCAAGAAGAAGGGAGAUAAGGACGGGAUGGCUGUGGUGAAGAGUAUGAGGAUGGAGGGUCUGAGCUUGUUGCGCGGAGUCUUUGCGAGAUACGAAGAGCAGCGCCAAUGGAUCAUCGAGGAAGUGCUUAGCUCACUGGUCGGUCAAGCGGGUCAAAGUCACGAUCAAGCUUUGUUCCAAUUAUCGAACGGCAAAUCUAUACACGCCGUCAGUGCUCUUCUGCUCCAACUUAUUCAAGCUUCUGCCUAUGGCGCAGUUGCGCAGGUGAAAAAGGUCCACACGGCUUCCACCGAGAUGGAAGUUCUCGACAGGCAAGAGACCGAAAAAGUUGACACUGUCGCUGAAGAGAGCAGAAUCUGCAGCGAGACCAUCGAGUCAGCUCUCAAGUCUGCCACAAUGGUGGCAGGCUACAUUCUUUCCAAGGCCACUACUACUCGAGCUACCAAGACGUCGCUGGACACCGACUAUAAGGUCAUUCUCAGCCUCUUCAUCAACGAUCUGCUUGCUGUCUUGUAUAGGCCCGAAUGGCCCUCUGCCUCUCUCUAUCUGAGCGUCUUCACGAAGAUCAUGAUCAACGCUUUAGACGAAAAGAAGACGGGGACCGAAGCCACUGCCGCGAAAGGUGUCGCGCUGGAUUAUCUCGCAGAUAUCGUGGCACGCCUGAAAAACCUCAGUAUCGAGAUGCUUGGCGAGAUUAAGGUCGCUACGAUCGACGAGGUGAUUUCGGAGGCCAGCGUCACUGGUCUGACCAGACUCAUCAAAGCCCAGGGCUCGAUUCGAGCAUUCCUCACCUCUGCUGCCCGAGACGACGGAUCUUUCGCUUGUUCUCUCGAUAUGGCUUCGAUCAUGUGGGCGCAGGAACUCCAAGCCGGCGUCAAGAAGACAGCCUCCGUGCUCGAAAAGUUGGCGAUAGAGAAGAACGACGAAACGAAGGAACUUGGUGACAACCUCAGGACAAUAGGCUCAAUGUUGAGCGACACUUUGAGAGGUGUCUGGUUGUCCGAUGAUAGCCUCUUUGAAGUAAAUGUACCCAAACAAGGCGAACAAGCCGUACAAGCGUCUAUCGCCGUUUCUCGCGGUAGAUCAUUACAAGGCGCCAUAGAUCCCAUAAUCCACACCUUGCUCUCUACAAUGAGCAAUACCAUCAUCGGUCUCCGAACCAAGGCUCUGAGAGGGAUUAGUUCCAUUGUCGUGGUUGACCCGGAUGUUUUGCGUUUGCCUCAAAUACGACACGCUCUAGAAGAGCGACUCUCGGAUGCGUCCCCUGGAGUACGAGACGCAGCAGUCGAGCUUGUCGGAAAAUACCUCAUCCAAAAACCGGAACUGGUCCCGCAAUAUUAUCAUCAAAUCGCUUCUCGUGUCAUGGAUACCGGCCUGAGCGUACGUAAACGAGUCAUCAAAAUCCUCAAGGGCAUCUUUGCGACCAUGGAGAAUAGAAAGAUGCAGGUCGACAUUUGCUGCCGGAUGAUCGCUCUCGUAGAUGAUAAAGACCCAGGUAUCAAAAGCUUAUCCACAAAGGCCCUUGUCGACAUGCUCUUCUCUGGAGAAGGCGGUGAUGCUGCUCGUUUGUUUGUCGAUAUUCUGAGCAACUACCGAGGGUCUUAUGAGGUCCUGGAGAAAGCGCUGGACGAGGUUUCUAAGGAAUGCGAAAGUGUCGGUCAGAAAGGUCGUUUCGGUACCACCAUUGACGACCUCAUCAACCGUCUCAUCGAUGCGACAGAGGAGAACGAUUUCGAUUCCUUGAGCCAUAUCAGGGCGAUCUGGCUCUUGGCUGAAAGUGACCCUUCUCAGAUCGACAUGCAAAAGGCAAAUGUCUUAUUAGGGUACUUGCGCCCUCCGGCCAAUGCCGAUGAUCAAGCAACCAACGAAUUGAUCCUCAAGGUCUUCCAGCGGUCUAUCCCUGCAAUGCCUCGAACGGCUUCGACCUUUGCAAACAGCCUUACAAAGACGUUGAUGCCGAUGAUCAGCAAACCUGCUGGUGGCUUCACCGCUUUGCGAGAGAUCAUCGGUUGCUUUUGCGCUGUCAUCAACCACCUCACCAAAGAUUGGCCAAAAGCCAUCAAUGUCCUUCGAGCUUGUGAGGGAAAGAUCAGAUCGGUCAGGCCGGGUGUCAAGAAUGGCUCUGUGACGACUUUGAAUCCGGCAAUUGCCAUGAUGCUGUAUAUAACUGCGCUUUUGGUCGAAGGUUGUAAUCUGGAUGAGAUUGCAAAGCAAGACGAUGCGAUUGACGCUCAGGUGAGAAGGAUCAGUUCCCAGCCUCUGGCUGUCUACUUCUUCGAGCUGUAUCUCGAUUUCGCAUCCAUGUCGACUCCUCAUUCUGCCCCUACCAUCUGUCUCGGUGCUCUGUUCCGAGCAUAUCCUUCUUUAUUGCAGCUCCCCGAGACGACUGAGUGGAUGGAAAAGACGUUCGAGUCCAAUGACAUGGACGGUCAGUGUCGAUUGCUGGGUGUCUUGCACCAAUUCCUGUCGUCAGAGGUAAAGAAGAGGGCAAGUGCGGGGGUGGCAAACAAGGAUGUGAGCUUGUUGAUUGGCAACUCCAAGGAGCUCCAGGACUCAGACUAUUCCACUGUGAUUGUGCAAAACAACAUUGAGCAGAUCUUCAAGUGUGCCAGGUCGCAGCAUGUGCCUACUCAGAAUGCCGCGCUCGAUGUUUUGACAUUUGUCGUCAAUCAAGGCCUCUAUUCGCCUGUCCAUACUGUGCCAAUCCUCGUCACCCUCGAAACUGCCGAAGAUCCAAUCAUCGCCGAACGCGCUCUUGCCCUCCACUCCACCCUCCACGACAAACAUGCCAACCUCAUCCAUGUCUUGUUUAUGGACUCGGCGAGAGCAUCGUAUCAAUAUCAGCGGGGCAUCACCGCCGAGCCUUCGGGCCAUCGUAAUAGGAUUGCGCUCUUGUCGAGUUGGUAUGAGAUGCUGAGUGAGAAGAGGACUUGGAGGCAUGAUUUUUUGAAAGCGCUUUGUCGGGUAUUCGAUAGCGAUUUGGACGCUGAAGUGGAUAUCGGAUUUGUCCUCUACAUUGCCGAGAAUUUGGCAACGAUGGAUUACAAGCUUCAAGAAGAACCCAUGACAGUCGUCCAAGCCCUCAGCAGGAUAGUCUCUACCUGCUCCCACCUUGCAACUCUCAUGGAGGAGGCCCACAUCGAUGCGCCGCCUGAAGAGUCUAUCGACGGACAAGCUAUCAAUCUCGGAAAACUGAGUGGUGAAACAAUCAAAGCAGGAAGACUAGCGGAUGCCAGUAUCAUUGUUGGUCUGGCGUUGACGCUGAAGAAUCAUCUGGUGUCUUUGUAUCAUCUUCAAGAAGACAAAUGUGCAGCUCAUGUACCAGGCAAAAAGUCGGCCACGGGGGACAAACCGACCCAGAGAAGAGGUAUUCAGGUGUUGGACCUCAAUAGGAUGCCGAUGGUUAGAGGUAUCACUACGGUGGGAGAUUUCAAACAGCAACAGACUGCCUUUUUGGAGUUGUUGAAGGAGGACGGGACAUUAUCUGAAAAUGGGGAUUAGGUAGGAGCAUACAUGGUGAUGGGGGUUGUUGUAUUUGUUAUGCUUUUCUGGGUUUUUAUCAUGUCGCAUUGUAUCUACAGAUUCUUAUGAAUUAGUCAUGUCUAGUGUUA